AUGUCGGCCGCUAUACCUAAACAGCUUAUGAUUGUAUUGCAAAAUGGGUCCUACAAGGUGCUCUCGCUGGGCGCCGAUGUGCUGCCGGAGUACAAGCUGCAGCCGACGCGCAUCCACCAUUGCACCAUCGUGCAUUACAGUCCAUUUAAAGCGGUCUGGGACUGGAUUAUAUUGCUGCUCGUUAUAUAUACGGCAGUGUUCACACCGUACGUUGCUGCCUUUCUUCUCAGAGAACUCCAAGAUACCUCACGUAAGGCUCGAUUUUCGGAGCCGCUGGAAAUCGUGGAUUUGAUAGUGGAUAUUAUGUUUAUAGUGGACAUUAUUAUUAAUUUUCGCACUACAUACGUCAAUGAAAAUGAUGAGGUAGUGUCACACCCGGGUAAAAUCGCCAUCCACUAUUUCAAGGGAUGGUUCGUCAUAGAUAUGAUAGCUGCCGUGCCAUUCGAUCUGUUAUUAGUGAAUACUAAUAGUGACGAAGUGAGUUUAUUUUGCAGAGCUGGCUCGCUUCGAAUCAAUCAAAUCGAUAUCUUGUCACUAAAUCUUAAGUAUGAGUCGAUAGAUAGCUUGAAGAGAGGAAGUAGAUUUCGUCAGCUGAAUUGCUACUUUAGGAUGUAG